AUGCAGGUGUACGAGAGAACCAAAAGAACGAGCUGGCUGGCGCAGCCAUCUGGGCCGUGCUGCCUGAAAGGCACACUUCACGAGGGAAAAUCGCGUGGGCGCUUUGACACAGUCGCUGGUGUGGAAACCUAUAUCUCGCAACCUAACGCGGAUCAUGCAAAUAGUCAUAUUUUGCUCUACUUCCCUGAUGUCUGGGGAAUGUUCCCUAACGGCCUUUUGGUGAUGGACGCGUUUGCGGAUGCGGGCUAUCUUGUUCUUGGAUUGGAUUACUUUCGAGGUGACCCCGUGUGGAAACAUCGCCGCAACCGUCACGAUCAAUCCAAUCCAAAUUUUGAUUACGAGGCAUGGAAACGAAAGCAUAUGAAGUUUGCUGAUGAAGCAGUUCCAAGAUGGAUUGACGAGGUAAAACGAACAUAUGGUCAGCCAUCGACCAAAUAUGUAUGCGUAGGAUACUGCUUCGGUGCUCCAUAUGUGUGCAACGAGCUAGCAAAAGAUACAGUGACUGCCGGUGCAUUUGCUCACCCUGCUUUUUUAAGGGAAGAGCAUUUCACCAAGAUCACCAAACCCCUAUUUUUGUCCUGCUCCGAGGAGGACCAUACCUUCGACAAGGAUUCUCGCCGUACGGCCUUGGAUAUUCUGCAAUCUGGACACAAAAUCUACCAUCUUCAGCUAUUUUCCGGCGUUGAACAUGGUUUUGCUCUUCGAGGGGACAUGAAAGACCCGUAUCAGCGAUAUGUAAAGGAACAAAGUCUGCGGGGGAUUGUAGAGUGGUUCGAUUUCUGGCUAUCAUAG